GUAACGGUUUUUGCUCUCUGCAUUCCAUCAUUUCACCAUAUCUAAUCUAUGGUUCAUUCUUUUUUCGUUUUCUGACUGUUAACGUAAAAAAUACAUGUGAUUUUAAGAAGUGUACUGUGAUUAUUAGGUUAAAAUGGCUCAAUUUAAAUUCUGGAACGACGUAAACAGUCUUUUGAACGUUGAUGGACCGUUAACAAAAGGCCCAGCACCAAGAUGGGAAAGAAAAAAAGGCAGUUGUGCCUCUUCAAACUCGAGUAUGAAAUCAAUAUCUUCAUCUAUGGCAAACUCGUCGACUAGAACGCCUUCAAAGCACUCUGAAGGCUCUAAAACCCCCUCAAAAACGCCAAGAAUGAAAUCCAAAACUCCAACACCAAGCAAGUCAAAAACACCAACAGCUGAUCGAUUUAUUCCUUUAAGAAGCGCAUGUAACUUUGAACUGGCUCACUACAAACUUAAUCAGGAUGAAAACUUAUCUGACAGCCCCACGCAAAGAGAAUUGCAGAAAGUUAUGUGCGAUAAUUUGCACGGCGGCGACAUCAGCAAACAAAAGAUUUUGUCAUAUCAAAAAAAGGCGCCUUCCGCACCUGAAGGCUUUCAGAAUCCGAUGAGGGUUAUUUAUACUCAAUCAAAAACCCCAGCAUCUGUUAAAAAUUCAACAAGGUAUAUUCCACAAGCCCCUGACAGAAUCUUGGAUGCACCUGACAUUGUUGAUGAUUAUUAUUUGAAUUUGGUUGAUUGGAAUAGUAAUAAUAUUUUAGCUGCUGCUUUGGGUGCCCAUGUCUAUCUAUGGGAUGCAGGUACUGGAAACAUUGAACAACUCUUGGAGCUGGAAGGAGGAAACGAUUACAUUUGCUCUUUGGCAUGGAUACAAGAUGGAGAUACUUUGGCUAUAGGCACCACAACUGGAACGGUGGAAUUAUGGAACACGACAAUAAGAAAAAGGCUUCGCGUUAUGGAAGGCCACUCGGCCCGCGUCGGGUCUCUAUCGUGGAACUCGUACGUUUGUUCGAGCGGCUGUCGAAGCGGCCAAAUCAUCCACCACGACGUUAGACAAAGAGAUCACGUGAUUUCCACUUUAUCUGGUCACAAUCAGGAGGUGUGCGGCUUGAAAUGGUCUACCGAUGGAAAAUAUUUAGCCAGCGGCGGAAACGAUAACGUUUUGAACAUAUGGCAGGCCCAACAGGCAAAUCCCAUCUCGGAAAGUCAAGCUCUAUACUCUUUUACCGCACAUCAAGCAGCCGUGAAGGCUCUGGCCUGGUGUCCAUGGCAACCACAUAUCCUCGCGAGUGGUGGGGGUACCGCCGAUCGCCAUAUUCGUUUCUGGAAUUGCUACAAUGGCAUCCCCUUGAACGCCAUAGACACCAAAUCGCAAGUAUGCUCGCUUUUGUGGUCCACAAACUACAAAGAGAUCAUUUCCGGACACGGUUUCGCUAAUAACGAGCUGAUUAUCUGGAAAUACCCCAACAUGAAUAAGGUGGCUGAGCUUACCGGCCACACCGCCAGAGUUUUGCACUUGGCCAUGUCGCCAGAUGGCACCACCGUUCUUUCAGCAGGCGCUGACGAGACUUUGAGGUUAUGGAAGUGCUUUACUAAGACGAUUGUAAAAGCAAAGGAAGUGACUAAGCGCGCCCAACCCAGCGCGCUUAAACAAUGUAUUAGAUAAUUAUGUAGGUUUUAAUGUUUAUGUUUAGAUUAUUUCUCUGUAUCAAUGACAAUUAUAUUUAAUAAAUAAUUAUUUUUAACACUUCAAUAAUUGAAACAGGGCUACAAUGACUGAUAUAAGAAUUUGACUAGGUUUAAGGCACCAUCAUUAUACAUUUUAAUUUUACUCUAACCUGUUUAAUUUUAAUAAAUAUUUUUUAUAAAA